GGAUAGCAAUUUAGAAUACUUGGUCUCAAUACUGUCAUCCAAUAUUUGAACGCGGCUUGUCAAGUUCUUACCUUUCUAGUGGCUUCUAGUGGCUUCAGCGUUCGUAGCGAGGGAUGCAUGGUAUUCAUAGUUUAACAAUCAGAAUGUCACUUAAUUGCUGAAUUAGUCAUCAGUCUUAAUUCUUAUCAGCGUAUAGGUUUAUGUUGGAAUUAUUAACCUGCACCAUUAGUUAUGUUACAGAAGAAAUUUUAAUCAAGAAAUUUCACAACUAUUUAAUUUUACCAACAAUAUUAUUAUUCCAAGAUGUUGCCAACUUUUAUAGUGGUUGCCGUGUUUGGACUUUAUGUGGCAAGUGUGGUAGAAUGCAGGAAUAGGCUUCCUCAACGUUAUUCAGACUGUUCUCACUCGAACAGCAAAGACAAAUCCACCGAUGGACCAACAACUGUCCAUGAGUGGGUCUCACUUGCAUACGAUUGGCCUUGUGACUGGGUGGAGAUGUAUUAUAAGUCUAAAGGCUGGUACGAUCCUGCAGCGAGUGUCCUUUCCGGUAUCGAUGUUUACAAAGAGGACAUUUUCGUCACGGUUCAACGAAUAUCGUCGGCUGUUCCUUCAGGCCUGAACAAAGUCGUCACUCGUUAUGGAAAAUCUCUACUGAGACCAUACCCAGAUCUUCUAUUUAACGAAGUAGGCAACUGUUCGAAGCUCCAGUAUCCCCUUUCAGUAACCAUCGACCCCAAUACAGGCUUCAUGUACGUCAUAGAUAUAGGUAAGAUUGGCCUAGGCCCAGUUGAUGACGGCUGCCCGGCUAAGCUGGUCGUCUUGAACAUAAACCAAGGCGGUUCUCUUGUUCGGAGUCACAAUUUCCCAGAAAGCGUUGUCCCCAAGAGGACUAACUUAGUGAACGACAUCGUCUUGGACUACGCCUCUGACAACAAAGUUCGUUACGCCUACAUCACGGAAUCUUCUCAUCAGCAGAUCGUCGUGUUCGAUUUCAUGAGUAACCUCUCUUGGGCUUUUCAUGACGAUACCAUGGCAACGGACGAGGAUCGUGUUGUCACCAUUAACAAUGCUGAAUACCCGGUAGAUGUCGCAGUGGAUGGUAUCGCCAUAGAUUCAAGAUCCGAGUACGUGUACUACUGCUCGGUAGGAAGCAAAAAUCUUUACCAAGUCCCCACUUUAACUCUACGCAAUUCGUCUGCUAAUUUUACGGCUCAAAGACGUCUCGUUGGCAAGAAAAUAUCAAACUCUGAUGGCAUUGUCUUCGGGCAGAGGAAUUUGUAUUAUGGUGCUUUGGGGUUUAAUGCUGUAUAUAGAUGGGACGUUGAAAAAGACGUGAGAACCUCUCCCCUUUCCAACAUCAGCCUGUUGACAGAGACAAGAGUCGCCCAGGACGAUGCAAGAGGCAGAUGGGUUGAAAGCCUCAAACUGGACACCCGAGGCUACUUAUGGUUUACAACUACCAGGCUUCACGAGUUUUUCGCGGGUAAACUCGACACCAGUGGACGAAAUGGUGCCAACUUUAGAAUAUCUCGAGUUUAUGUAGGGGAGAAAUCCUCUUUGUGGCGAGGAAAUUAGACUCGAGACUCUGCUAGUUGAGUGUAGUCUGUUAUACGCGGAAUCUUUGUAAACAAGUAAAAAUGAAAUCUAAUUAUGACGCUUGUACAAUGCACAUAUUUAAUUCAAUUUAAUUGAGAAGCGUUACCCUAAUAGUUUUACCUAUUCUAUUAUUUUUUGUACUUUAUUUUAAGAAAGUUUUCUUGUUUGUAGGCCUAUAGUUAUAAA